AUGAAUUAUAAUAAAUAUUUACUUAGAACAAUAAACAAAAAAUGUAUUUCUAGGGGUUAUUUUACAACUAGCAAAAGAUUUUUAUAUAAUAACAGAUCAACUUUUUCAAGUAGAUGCAUUUUAAAUCAACAAGAACAACCACUUCAACAAUAUAUUAAAAGACAUUUCAGACCAAGUACACCAUCUUUCGAAGAAAAAAGAGAUUUGUAUGAGGUCUUGGGUGUAUCAAGAGAUGCUUCAAAACAAGAUAUUAAAAAAGCUUUUUAUGGUUUAGCAAAAAAAUACCAUCCAGAUACAAAUAGUGGAGAUCCAAAUGCUCAUAAACAUUUUGCAGAAAUUUCAAAUGCAUAUGAUGUACUUUAUGAUGAUAAGAAAAGACAAGUUUAUGAUAUGGCAGGUCAUCAAGGUGCAACAGCAGAAAAUAUGGAACAUGGUGGAUUUCCAGGUGGUUUCCCAGGUGGAUUCCAAGGUGGAGAAAAUAUUAAUGUUGAAGAUUUAUUUGGAGGUUUCGAUUUAAAUGACUUAUUUGGUGGUGGUGGUGGUAGAAGUAAAUCAACACAAGGUUCAGAUAUUCAAGUUAAUUUACAUUUAGAUUUUAUGGAAGCAGUGAAUGGUUGUGAAAAAGAUAUUUCAUUUUAUGGUGGUUCAAAAUGUACACCAUGUGAUGGUAGUGGUGCUAAACCAGGUACUAAACCACAAACAUGUAAGAAUUGCGGUGGUACAGGUACUCAAACUCGUAGUAAUGGUUUCUUCCAAAUGGCAUCCACUUGUCGUACAUGUAAAGGCAGUGGUAAAGUUAUUAAAGAACAUUGUUCAACAUGUAAAGGUAAAGGUGUUAAUCAAGGUCAAAGAACUGUAAAUAUUAAAGUCCCACCAGGUAUCAAUAAUGGUAGUUCCAUUAGAGUACCAGGUCAAGGUGAACCAGGUCUUAAGGGUGGUCGUAGAGGUAAUCUCUUUGUUAAUGUCACUGUAUCAGAGCACGAACUCUUCAGACGUCAAGGAAACGACAUUCAUUUGGAUGUUCCAAUUACUUUAGCUCAAGCUAUUUUAGGUGACACUGUAACUAUUCCAACCCUCUCUGGUGAGGUUGAUCUUAAAGUACCAAAAGGUACCCAACCAGGCGAAAAACGUGUUCUCAAAAAUAAAGGUAUUCCAUCAGUCAAUUCAAAUGGUACAGGUAGUCAAUAUAUUCAUUUCAUUGUUAAUAUUCCAAAGAAUAUCAACUCUAAACAAGAAGAAUUAAUAAAAGAAUUUGAUCAAGAGGACAAAAACCAUAAUGGACCCUUAGACAGUUUAUCCCAUCCAAUUUUAUCUUUUUGGAAUAAAGCAAUGAAGAGAUGGAGAGAAUAUUCAAAUAAAUUUAAAAACUAA